AUGGCAUGCAUACGAAUCCUAUGUUUUUUUGUUAUAAGUAAUAUACAUCAUGUGCAAGUUGUCACAGGGAAAUUGGGUGUGACAGCUGUCAAACAAUCUCACAGUCCCGAAUUUGGGAUCGAUUAUAUUGGAUGCCGUGACUGGACGAAUCCAACUGGUAUGAACUGCAAUCCUUAUCAAGGUGAUACAGAUUGCAAUGCGAAGCUACCGAUGCUCUGUGUUAGAGUAGAUCAAAGCCCUCGCCCUCCAUAUCUGAUUUAUGGUGAGGGGGCUGCUAUGCCAGCAGCCAAUUAUGCUGGAUGGAACGGAGGUCAUGUGUCUACUACUUUGCCGACUGAAGCAUCUCGCUUUAGGAAUCGAGCAGAAGCAAACCGAUUUUGUGCUGAAACACUAGGUGAACAUUGGGAAAUUGCUGGAAUAUGGGGAAGUCAGCCGCACUGGAUUUCUGGUAUGAAUGGAACCAAAUAUGCGGGUAGCGAAUGGACAGCGAACAAGGAUAGACUUCUAAAUGGAGGAUGGAGUUUUUAUACAUAUGGUAAUGUCCGGAAUGAUACUCGAUUUUGGAUUCAGGGUCCAGCUGAUCAGUCAUCAACAUGUUGGGGACAUUAG